AUGAAGUUCUCCCUCCUCACCGUCCUCGCUAUGGGCACCGCAUUUCACCAGGCCCUUGCCUCGCCCGUUAUGUCCGAUUCAGCACCGGCCAAACGACAAGACCUUGUCACCCCGUUCGUGAUCGAAUGCUCACCGGGGACUGUCCCUGGUGGUGGGGACCCCAACGUCUUCUGCUCACGCAAUGGGAUCUCCUGCACUCUGGAUGGAGAGCUGGAAUGGACACCUACUACGACGGAUCAAGCCCCUGAGCAAGUCUGCUUCGAUAUCUGCUAUUGCCGCGUCAACGUCAUUCUCGACCCGCCUGCCGGUGGUAUUUAG